UACAUUGUUUAUUUCGAUCUUUAAAUCUAAAAAAUACAAGCAAACACAAACUAUUACAUAAUGGUUGCGAAAAAGGGACGAAAGAAGGAUAAGAAAAAAGGACAGGUCAAGCGCACAGCAGAGCAGAUUGCUGCCGAAGCUGAGGCUCUUCGAAGAGCAGAGGUUCAAAAGUUGGAGGACGAAGCCCUCGCUUUUAUCAAUGAGGAGAAUGGCCGUAGAGAGCAAGACGAACAAAAGGAGGAAAGUGCUCGAAUUCAAGCAAAGCUACAACAGCAGCUCAAGGAAAAGGACUACUCCAUCGAGCAACUGGAGGCUAAGCUCCUUGAAGCCAACAGUAUAAUUAACACAGAUCGCGAAAGCAGUAUAUCCCAGAUUCAGGAGCUUUCAAUCCACUGUCAAUCGCUACUUAAUGAGGUAAGUCAUCUCCGCUCGGUGGAUAAAGAAAGAAGGCUACAAUACACCAAGGAAAUACAGGAGAGGGUGCACGAGAUCCAUAAGCUCAAUGAUGAAAUAUCUGAGCUCAAGUUACAGGCAAGCAAUGAGAAAAAGAUCUUUAAUGAAAAACUGUCAACCCUGCAAUCACUAGUUGAGGUGAAGCAAACUGUGGUCACUGAAAUGGGGUCUGAGACUACUGAGAAAAGUGGGGUGCGUGAAGAAUGUUUUAUGGCAUCACUUGCGAAGAUGGAAAAAGUAAUGUUGCACAACUCUGAACUCCGGGAUGAAGUGCGUCGGUCGAAGAUCGAGAAGGGCGAAGCGACGGCCAUUGUGCAGAUUCUUCACGCGCAGAUCGACAGCAAUAAAUACCAGCUUCACAAUGCAAUCAUUGAGGCGAAGAAUGAUCUCCUCCACACGAAGGAUGAGAUCACUCGCCUACAAGCGGAGAAGACGGACCUUCGCGAAGCUCUGGAGGAUAGGGACCGACAACUGACGGAUCUGAAGCACCGUUUGGAGGCUGAACGAAACGAAUUUGAGCAACAGCUGGAUCAGAUUAGCUUUGACUCGCAGUACCUCACCAGUGAGAUUCAAGCGAUGCGAGAAGACUCCGCAAAGGCACUUUCCGAUCUAGAGCAGACUAAAACAAGGGCAGAAGAGGAAUCUAAACGGCUUGCGGUCGAAUUAGAGUCUGUAAACCACAAGAACAACAAUUUAGAGGCAUUGUUGCGCGCAAUGCAAAUAGAAAACCAAGAGAAGCUCUCCCUGCUUAGUGCACAGCUCUCGAAUAGUCGGAUCACCAUUUCAAGGCUGCAGAAAGCCAUUGCGGAAGAGCGUGAGAGUCGUGCUCGGGAACUAAAAUCGCAAUCGAGAGAGGUCGAACGCGCUCUGGAGGAGUUAAAGCGCCUCCACGAGGUGGAUUCGCGGAAGAUCAAGGACAACAAGGUUGUCGAGCAGGGUGGCCUUGAAGGCGAGGUUCCCUUCCUCACAAAGGCCCUCUCCAACGCGCAGCUCGACCUCUGGGAGGCGAAGAGGCAGGUGUUGGAACUGCAGCUAGACGCCAGCGAGGAACUGAGGCGUCUGAGGGCUAUCCUAGACGCGCACUACAUCCCGCAUCAGGCGGGUGUGAGCGAGUGCGCGGGCUCCGGCAGGGACGACGCGCAACAGAUUUGGUCGUCGGAAAAGAACAUCGAGCGGAUUCGCCGCGAGCUCGCACAAAUAGAAGCCAACGAUUGGCAGAAAACACUCAUCUCGGACCAGGCAGAAACGAUCGCAAGGCUUAAAAUUGAGCUCAAUAAGGCGGAAUUCGAUCACGCGCAAAGCAUGCGCGAGAUGGAGGAGGAGAUUAGGUGUCUUAAGAAGGCCCUUGAGGCCAUCACCGACGAUAGUGCUCGAGAGGUAUGUAUCUAG